AUCAAUAUUAAUUAAUAUUUAUCAGUCUCUAAUUUAUCCAUACCUAACUUAUGGUAUUGCUGCAUGGGAUCAAGCAUGUAAAACCCAUCUCGAUAAAAUUUUAAUUCUUCAGAAAAGGGUAAUUCGUAUGAUGUUUUUUGCGGAUAGAUGUGAUCACGCAGUCCCCCUAUUUCUUGAUGCUCAUAUUUUACCGGUGACCUUUCUCUAUUAUGAAACUAUAUCGAGCUUAAUGCACGAUAUAAAUAAUGGAAAAGCACCUCAAAAUAUAUUAAACUUAUUCGAGAAAUCAUCCACUAUUCACUUACACAGUACACGAUCAUAUACUUCAGAAAAGUUUUAAGUAAAAAGUUCUAGACUAAACACACAAAAGUAUUCUUUUUCACGGCUUGGAGUAAAAUUAUGGAAUGAGAUACCAUGCCAUGUAAGUGACCUAUCUAAGAAUUUAUUUAAAAGGGCCAUUCAACAACUUCUAUUUAAAAUAUUGGAAAAAGAAGAUGACUACAUUCAAAUCCCCAUGAUAAUUGAAAAAAUUAAAAACUAUUGAUAUUAAGAAUUUCAUAUUUUCUACUGUUGCAUGGGUAACUUACGCUAUUCUUACUUUCAGUAAUGUACACUAAAUGUUGUACAAUAGAGAAAUAAUCCUAUUAUUGUUAAGCCAAAUCAGUUGUGACAAACCUGAUCUAAGCUCAGUCUGCUCUUUCGUAUUACUUUAUAUUAUAUAUCACUCUAUUAUAUGUGUAUAACUAUUGUAUAGAUACUUUAUAUCUUAUAUUUAAAACACUACCUACUUGCCCUGCCUCGAUUAACUCUAUAGUUAUUUGCAGGGCAAGCUGUAAAUAUAUGUAAUUUAUAAUUAUUAUUAUUAAAAGUUAAAGUUGAAGUUGAAGUUGAAGUCGUCACUGAGAACACACACUUCACUUCACUCAAAUAUCGGUCAUGCAUUUUUAAAUGAAUUCAAAGUUACAUCAUGAAAAACACAAUCAUGCAGAUAUGCUAAUACUAGGCCUAUACAAAUAUAAAUAAAAACGUUGUCGUUGAAUGGAAAAUCAGCUGAAAAAAAUACAAGAUGGUAAGCGUGAUCUUCUCUAGAGUGCCUGCCACAAAUUAUGUCGUGGUCUAGUACGUAAAGAAGUAGUUCCAAGAUUGUUUACUACAAGAUAAAAUAAUAAUUGAUUUGUUACAUUUGUGACCUACGCUGUUAUAAACCCGGAUUAAGCAACUUUCUUAACAAAGUUGUAAAUAAACGCACGCAGCGAGGCAAUUGUCCAUUGUAGUUUAACAUUGCAACUGAAACCCUCUGAUUAUGUUACAUUGGUUUGUUACAGUUAUUGAAGCAUAAAGGUAAGUCCAUUGUAUAUUUCGUAUUUCCUUAGUUUUAUCUCGAAGUUUUAAUUUAAUUAAAUUACACGGUAAUAUUUAAGGUGUAAGUGUUUUCCAAAUCACCAAAUGUAAUGUAACUUCCACCGACAAAAAUAGUAAUGGGAAGAAUUGUUUCUGCUCUACCAUCAGAUUUGAACUAAGUUCAUAUAUUGUCGACAUAAGGGACAGCUCAUUACAGGUAUUGCAGAAAUCACUUGAAACUGAACUGAAUCAUUUACUAGAGACAUCAAAAUAGGCAGUCGCGAGACUGCACGUGCUACUGUUGUUUACGAAUUAUAUAACAAUGCGCGGAAAGUAUUACAUGCAACCAGACACAGUUCUAUAUAAUGCAGUGUCCUAGUGUCUUCUAGGGACAAACCAAAAACAAAUUCAAAACCUUCGACACUAAAAUGCAUGAUAGAAUAUUAAAUAGUGGGCAUAUUGACAACAGUUUUGUCCUGAAGCCGGAUUUCAAGCCCCCCCCACUAUUGGCAGACCUUCAUUUUUGAGACCAGUCGGAAAAUUGGAAAUUUCUUAUGUUGUCGAGUUUGUCGGAAUCAAUACGUAAGAAAAGUUAUUUCAAAGUAUGUGUAAUAAACUGCAAGUCGUACAUGAAUGUAUCGAUAGAAAAUGUAAACAAUUAAAUAUGCAGCGUCAGCAGCGAUAAAUAUAAUUAUUACCUUAGAGAUUACACGAAGAAAAUAUGCUUGUGAUUCCGCAUCAACGUACAAAGUCACAGGCAGAAUAUAAAGCCGGAGUCAAAUUUGGACGGGCACCGCAAUUUACAGACAUGUUUGGGGCUGCGGCUAUGUUUUUUACGUUUGAAAAAAGUUAAUUAAAAAUGUGCUUGGUCGUGCGUGCUUGCGUGCGUACGUGCGUGGCCGCAGUAUGUAUAUGUAUAUACACGCAUACUGUAGACAAAGUAACUUGAAUGCAAAGAAAAUCAUUAAGAAGUAAACUGUGUGUUAUCAGUCUCAUUUGCAGUGAAGCAUGUUAACUUUUUGAAUAGAACAAGCGUAAGAUAUUGGAAUCGUAACGCGCCGGUUAAUAGAAUCCAAGCACUCAAUUACGCUAGUUUGGAGAACCCGGAAAUUUCCACCAUCUUUGAUCUAAAAUAACCAAGUCAAUAUCAUUUCGGUUUAUGGAGAAAAGAUAUCACGAGAAUGUUCCAUAUAUUCUAAAAACAUAGAACAAAACUUAUAAUGCGCGCUCAGCACAGCCAUGAUGUUGACUGCUUUAUAUAGCGACAUUUCUUGGACAUUUCGCGUCAUUUUUGGUUCGAUUUUUGAAGUACUCUAACUUUUCUUCAUUUUGUGUUUCAUGGCUGAAACUUCAGUAAAUAUGUGGGGUUGGAUAAGUCUACAAUAUAUAUAAAAUUGAGGGAAAUUGAAGAACUUUCAGUUUUUCAUAUCUGCCAGAAAAUGGCGAAUUAUUGCGAUUUUUACAGACAAGCUCUCUUAAUAUCAAUAAUUGUAACAGGUUAUGUUGUUUGAAUGAAACAUGCAAUAUCUCUUUAUUUAGAUGUUGACGGAUGUUCUAUGGGAUCUCAUACAUGCCACGCUAAUGCAACCUGUACUGAUACAAUUGGUUCCUAUACCUGUACAUGUUUCGCAGGUUUCACUGGAAACGGGACAUACUGUAAAGGUAGGGAAGAAACAGAUCCUAAGUUUGACCAUUACUUGCUUUUAGCUUCUUGUGUCCACAACUCCCGAAAGAGGCGGGGACAAUUUGGAGGACUUUGCCUCCGGCCCCCAAUUCAAAGCAACAACUUCAUGAACCAAAUGCCACCGUGGAGUACACGUUUGGUUUGAAAUCUAAGAAAUCGCCAGCAGUUGUUAUCGAAAUGAAAGCGUUUGAGGAAGAUCUUAUUAAUAUGAUGGAAAAUAUCCAGUUCAGAAAGGUUACAGAUACAUUCCUUGAUAGUUUAGAAAACGAUCUUAAAAAGGUUAAAUCAUCGGCAAACGUUUUCGUGUUCGCGGAUAAGACCAGAAAUGUUUACGAGACAUCGGCUGCAUGACAACUACAACAAAAUCUUGAAUGACAACGUCAUUAAAAGUUACAAGGUAGACGACAAUGACAUUUUAGAAGACAUAAACUGUGAUUUUAGGGACCUUGCAAAUGAUCUGUCCAUUGGUAACCGCAUUGAAACCUUGGCAACUAAAGAAGCGUUUGUGACAAUUAAAGAUCACAAAGAUAAUUUUGAAGUCAACCCAACCUAUCGCCUGAUAAACCCAGCGAAAAGUGAUCUCGGAAAGAUUAGUAAAACCGUUGAUGACAUUAACUCAAAAAUUAGAAAUAACAUUGGCGUGCAGCAAUAGAAAAACUCCUUAUCAGUUAUUGAUUGGUUUAAGAACAUUAAAAACAAACAAAGGUACUCGUUUAUUUCCUUUGACAUAGCUGAAUUCUAUCCCUCCAUUACAGAGGAUCUUCUAGAUAAAUCAAUUUCGUGGGCUCGAAAUUAUGUUACCAUCCCUGAACAACAUGUGUCAAUCAUUAAACACGCAAGAAACUCCCUCCUUUUCAAUGGUGAUAACAUCUGGAAAAAACGGCAAAGCAACACCACAUUUGACGUUACAAUGGGAAGUUACGACGGCGCAGAGAUAUGUGAGCUAGUCGGCUUAUUUAUUCUAAACUCCUUAGCUGAGAAAUGCGGGAAAGAUUACGUUGGUCUUGAUCGUGAUGAUGGACUUAUUUUGUUGAAGGGAACUUUCAAACGUCUAGCUAAUAAGACAAGAAAAGAUCUAGACAAGUUGUUUGCAGAGAACUUCCAAUUCAAGAUAACAGCCGAAAUUUGCCACCGAACCAUCAACUUUCUCGACUUAACUUUCGAUUUACACGAGCAGAAUUACAAGCCUUACCGGAAACCUAAUAAUGACCCCCUUUUCAUCAACAGUCAUUCGAAUUAUCCGCCAUCAAUCAUAAAAGAAAUCCUGCUAUCAGUGAACAAACGUAUUUCGCAAUUAUCAUUCGACUAAAAUGCCUUUUCCGCCGCCUCCCCCAAGUAUGAAAGCGAAUUGAACCGCAGCAACUAUCAUGCGAACAUGCAUUAUACCCCAAGCAACAACGGUAGUGGCAAUAAACGAAGACAACGAAACAUAAUUUGGUUCAAUCCACCGUACAGCAAGAACGUAAGAACAAACGUGGGUAAGAUCUUCCUCAAUUUAAUUGACAAACAUUUCCCACCCUCCAAUUUCCUUCAUAAGAUAUGUAAUCGUAACUCGGUGAAAGUUAGUUACAGCUGCAUGGAUAAUUCUAAGUGUAUAAUUUCUAAGAAAAACACCAGAAUACUGUCAAGACCGAAAUCGACAACCCAAACAUCAUCAUCAACAAACAGCGCCACAUGCAAUUGUAAUAAUAGCAGCGAAUGUCCUCUUCAAAAGAAAUGCCUAUUAAACUGCAUAGUUUAUAAAGCAGAGGUGGUAACCAACAAUUCAGAACCUAAAGAAUACAUUGGCAUGACGGGAAACACCUUUAAGACACGGUUAUAUAACCACAAUAAAUCUUUCAAUAAUGUUAUAUACAGGAACAAUACGGAGCUCUCAAAAUACGUGUGGAACUUAUAGGAAAAGCAGCAGGACUUCACGAUUAAUUGGUCUAUCCUAAAACGAGCAGCCUCGUAUUCCAGCGGUGGAAAGAGAUGUAACCUUUGCCUCCAAGAGAAACUUUGCAUUCUAAAAGCGGAUAAGUCAAACUUGCUAAAUAGAAGACGCGAGUUGUUCUCGAAGUGCGGUCACCAAAAACGAUUCUUGGCCGAAAAGUUUGAACGUGCGCAAGCUCAAUCACGCACGCAAACUCAGUCACGCAAGCAGCACAACGGAUAUCAACGUCAUCAAGCAGGAAAAAUUAGUUGAACAUACAUCGUCGCCUGAAGAUCGUGAAAACGUGAAACUCAGAGUUGCGACUUAAUUAAUUUUAAGUAGAAAAGACAACAAUUAUAUAUAUAUAUAUAUAGAGAGAGACACUCGUAUAUAUACCCCAUGAACUUGCUCUCACCAAGGCAUGUGGUACAACACGGUGACUCAACGCAUCCAGAUACGCGCAGAGCGUAAUGGUGCCAGAGUGCUCAAACGACCACAGGGGAAGUGAGCUUUGCAGUAUCGCUAUAUAUAUAUAUAUAUAUAUAUAUAUAUAUAUAUAUAUAUAUAUAUAUAUAUAUAUAUAUAUAUAUAUAUAUAUAUAUAUAUAUAUUCUUAUACCAUUUCGACAGUAACACGUGUUACUGUCGAAAUGGUAUAAACAAAUUCGGCAUGGCUUUGGUGAGUGGCCAUGUGGGUGUGCAGGAAUGGUUGUGACUGGUUGGGUUCGAAUAUGCCAUCGGGCUGAUAGCUCAGUUGGUAGAGCGAUGGGCUUGUAACCCAGAGGUCGCCGGUUCGAAUCCGACUCAGUCUCAACUUUUCCUGUUCACUAAAAAAUACUUACCUACGGUGAUUAACAUAUAUAAAAAUUAUAAAUGCCAUAUCGUGAUGAUUAACAUAUAUACGGCUGAAGAAGACAUGUUACUGUCGAAAUGGUAUACAAAUUCGGCAUGGCUUUGUUGAGUGGCCAUGUAGGUGUGCAGGAAUGGUUGUGACUGGUUGGGUUCCAAUAUACCAUCGGGCUGAUAGCUCAGUUGGUAGAGCGAUGGGCUUGUCACCCAGAGGUCGCCGGUUCGAAUGCGACUCAGUCUCAACUUUUCCUGUUCACUAAAAAAUACUUACCUACGGUGAUUAACAUAUAUAAAAAUUAUAAAUGCCAUAUCGUGAUGAUUAACAUAUAUAUAUAUAUAUAUAUAUAUAUAUAUAUAUAUAUAUAUAUAUAUAUAUAUAUAUAUAUAUAUAUAUAUAUAUAUAUAUAUAUAUAUAUAUAUAUAUAUAUUAAGAUAAAAAUGUUCUAGAGUGUGUAUUAUAUAAUUUCCAUACCCAGCGCAAGCAGAAAGAUAAAGUCUGCCGCGGCUGGGUCUCGAACGCGCGACCUUCGAAUUACCGGAUCGACGCUCUGCCUACUGAGCUACACGGUCAGACGGAUUUAAGACUGGAAAUUAUGAAAUAAAUACUGAAUGUCAUAAACAUACUCGUUUAUAUUAAUUCAGCAUCGAACAAUAUUAGUUCUGCAAGUGUUAUGUUAGUUGUGUAAUCGUACAUUCUGUAAUAUGUUAAGAUGUAAAUGUUCUAGAGUGUGUAUUAUAUAAUUUCCAUACCCAGCGCAAGCAGAAAGAUGUUGUCUGCCGCGGCUGGGUCUCGAAUCCGCGACCUUCGAAUUACUAGAUUGACGCUCUGUCUAUUGAGCUACACGGUCAGACGGAUUUAAGACUGGAAAUUAUGAAAAUUAAUAUAUAUAUAUAUAUAUAUAUAUUAAGGUGAAAAUGUUCUCGAGUGUGUAUUAAAUAAUUUCCAUUUCCAUAAACAAUUUAUAACGAAGUCAAUGGCCUAAUGUCCUUUAUACAACCCUAUUAAUUAUAUACAACAAUUAAUCAAAACUCUCUAUGGUCGAUAAUACAUGCUUCGGAUGAGAUGAAAGAAGUGUUUAAAGAUAAAAAGCCUUUGAUUUCGUUUAGAAGACCUCGAAAUUUAGCGGAUAAUUUAGUAAGAUCUAAAAUAAAAAGAGACGCUGAUACAGGUAAAGCUAAGGAUAUGAGGAAGUGUGGGAAAUCUAGAUGCCAGAUAUGUUGUUAUGUAGAAGAAACGGAAAUAUUUGAAUAUGGGAAUAAUAAGUAUUGGAUAAAUUAUUCCUUUGAUUGUAAUUCGGAGGGUGUAAUUUAUGUAUUAAUAUGUAUCAGUUGUUCUAAUCAUCUUGCCAUACAUUGUACAUUACAGUUAGAGAAACCACCAUUAGAACAAGCUGAAAUUUAUUAUCGAAAAUUAAACAAUGUAAACAUGGAUAGUUUCAAUGAAGAUCUAAAAGUACUAGACAACUACAUGCUCCACAAAAACGACGAAUUAUAGCUCUUCGUCCUUUAUCACCAUGGUACAAUGAGGAGAUUGGUCAAGAAAAAAGAAAUUGCAGGAAACUGGAGCGCCGCUGGCGCACAUCUGGACUAUGUAUUGACAGACAGUUAUAUGUCAAACAAU